AUGGGCGGUACGGGCGAUGAAGGCGCUGAAGUGACGGAGGAUGAAGACACUGAACAAAGGAUUGAGGUUUUAGCUGUGCUCCCACGACUAAAGAGACUUAAUAAGGGUAUGGUCACACCAGAAGAAAGAGAUGAAGCAAAAGCUCUUAUGACUCAAAUACUUGAGGAAGGUCAAAGUGCUGAAGAAGAAAGCGAAGCAGAAGAAAUUCAAGAAGAAGAAAUAAAUAAAAAU